CCAAAAAAGCAAGGAAAAGACAGUUUCUCCGUUAAUAACCACAUAGAAGAAUUGUAAACGUACCAUGGUGGAAUAUACUAAACAAGAAAACUACACUGGAGACCAGCUUAUGUUAUUCUCUUACGUGUGAAAUGGGUAUAUGGAAAAAGUUAAAAGACGUGUAGGGAAAGAAGUUGUAUUUAUGUAGAGUAGAAUUAAAUUAAAAAUUUCUCUGGAGCGGAAACCCUACAAUUUCGCACGCUUGGGAACAUUUGUGGGAUUCGAGCAUGGGAUCUUUGAAAGACGAUUCUAAUUUCUUCGAGACACAGAUGAAAACGGAAGAGCCUAUUUUGUACGUUAAUGGAAAGCGCCGACUGCUCAGCGACGGAUUGGCUCAUCUUACUCUUCUCGAAUAUUUAAGAGGGUUGGGUCUGACAGGAACAAAACUUGGGUGCGGAGAAGGUGGUUGUGGGGCAUGUACUGUUAUGGUUUCUCACUAUGAUCCCCUUAAGAGAAAAUCCAUCCAUCGGGCAGUCAAUGCAUGCUUGGCUCCAUUGUAUUCUGUGGAGGGUAUGCAUGUUAUCACAGUGGAGGGCAUUGGAAAUCGACAACUUGGUUUGCAUCCAGUGCAGGAAAUUCUGUGUAACAGUCAUGGAUCACAAUGUGGAUUCUGUACACCAGGCUUUGUCAUGUCCAUGUAUGCAUUGCUGAGGUCUAGUAAGGAACCUCCUACUCAAGAACAGAUUGAAGAAAGUCUUGCAGGCAAUUUGUGCCGCUGCACAGGUUACAGGCCAAUUCUUGAUGCCUUCCGUGUCUUUGCCAAGACUGAUAAUUCUUUGUACAUCAAUUGUGAUACUCUGAGCAAAUUCAAAGAUGCAAAGGUUAUAUGCCCUUCAACUGGAAGGCCUUGUGAGUGUGGAGCAAGAGAUGGAAAUGAUAGCAGUGCUUGUGGAACUUUGCGUCCUUUCUCUAAGUCACUUUCAUACAGUGAAAUUGAUGGGAGUUAUUAUAGUGAAUGUGAACUCAUUUUCCCUUCAGAGCUUGUAUCCAGAAAACCUCACUCUUUGUAUUUGAAAGGUUCACGUGACAUGAUGUGGUUUCGUCCAUUGAAGCUUCAAGAUGUUUUAGACUUGAAAUCAAGGUUUCCUGAAGCAAAGCUAUUAGUUGGCAAUACUGAAAUUGGUAUAGAAACUAAGUUCAAAAGCAUGUUUUAUCAAGUUAUCAUUGCUACUACUCAUGUGCCUGAGCUAAAUAUUUUGAGAGUCAAGGACUCUGGCCUGGAGAUAGGUGCAUCAGUAACUUUGACUGAACUUCUAGACACUUUAAAACAUUGUGUUGCAGAACGUGACGAACAUGAGACUUCAGCAUGCUCAGCCUUUCUGGAGCAGCUUAGAUGGUUUGCUGGAUGCCAAAUACGAAAUGUUGCUUCUGUUGGUGGAAACAUCUGCACAGCCAGUCCAAUAUCUGAUUUAAAUCCUCUUUGGAUGGCAGCCAGGGCACAAUUUAAUAUAAUUGACACCAAAGGAAACAUGAGGACUGUCUUUGCAAGAGAAUUUUUCAAAGGCUAUCGUAAGGUGGAUUUGAGGAGUGGAGAAAUAUUGUUGUCAGUUUUUCUACCAUUUACAAAACCAGGUGAAUAUGUCAAGGAGUUUAAACAAGCACACCGCAGAGAUGAUGACAUUGCACUUGUAAAUGCAGCAAUGAGGGUUGUCCUUGAGCAGAAAGGUCAUGCUUGGUCUGUUAUUGAUGCAUCUAUUGUCUAUGGUGGGGUUGCUCCAGUUCCAUUAUCUGCAGUGAAGACAGAGACAUUUCUCAAGGGGAAACCAUGGACAUCUGAGACAUUGCAGUGUGCUUUGCAAGUAUUGAAAGAGGAUAUUAUUAUUGCAGAGAAUGCCCCGGGAGGCAUGGUUGAGUUCCGACAAUCAUUAACAGCAAGUUUCUUUUUCAAAUUUUUCCUAUUGAUAUCUUAUAACAUUCAGCAGAAAACACAAGUUUUGCAGGGUUUCCCAGAUUCUUACAAGUCUGCUGUGGAUCCAUACAAAAGGCCAUCCUCUUAUGGAGUUCAGAGUCAUGAAAGUCUUCAAAAGGGAACAUCAGUUGGCCUUCCUGUCACGCACCUUGCAGCAAAGCUUCAGGUGACUGGUGAAGCAGAAUAUGCUGAUGAUGUACCAAUGCCAUAUAAUGGUUUACAUGCGGCCCUGGUAUUGAGUAAGAAGCCACAUGCACGAAUUUGUUUUAUUGAUGACUCAGCAGCCAAAUUAGUUCCUGGUUUUGAAGGGUUUUUCAAAUCAAAGGAUGUGCCUGGAGGGAAUGAUAUUGGAGCUGUCAUAAAUGAUGAGGAGCUGUUCGCAUCAAAAUUCGUGACUUGUGUGGGUCAGGUCAUUGGUAUUGUUGUUGCUGAUACACAUGAAAAUGCAAAGACAGCAUCCCAAAAAGUACACGUUGAGUAUGAGGAAUUGCCAGCAGUCCUAUGUAUAAAGGAUGCCCUUAAAGUUGGUAGUUUUCAUCCCAAUACUGAAAAGAUCCUUCAGAAGGGUGAUGUUAGUGAGUGUUUUAAUUCUGGAGUAUGCCAAAAAAUAGUAGAGGGAGAAGUACAAAUUGGGGGUCAAGAGCACUUUUACUUGGAGCCAAACAGCACAUUGAUAUGGACAGCUGAUGGUGGUAAUGAAGUUCACAUGGUUUCUUCUACACAAGCUCCACAAAAACAUCAGAAGUUUGUGUCCCAUGUUUUGGGGCUACCAAUGAAUAAGGUAGUUUGCAAGGCAAAACGCUUAGGUGGUGGUUUUGGAGGAAAGGAGACACGGUCAGCAUUUUUAGCUGCUGCAGCUGCUGUACCAUCAUACCUUUUGCGACGACCUGUGAGGAUCACUCUGGACAGAGACAUUGACAUGAUGACCACAGGACAAAGGCAUGCUUUUCUUGGAAAAUACAAGGUGGGAUUUUCUGAGGAGGGUAAAGUAUUGGCAUUGGAUUUAGAAAUAUAUAACAAUGGAGGAAACUCGUUAGAUUUGUCGUUAGCAGUCCUUGAGCGUGCAAUGUUUCAUUCUGACAAUGUGUAUGUGAUAGAAAAUGUGAGAAUCAGGGGCAAGGUUUGCUUUACACAUAUUCCAAGUAAUACAGCAUUUAGAGGGUUUGGAGGACCUCAAGGAAUGUUUAUCACUGAAAACUGGAUUGAACACAUUGCUAGGGAGCUUGGAAAAAGACCUGAAGAGAUAAAGGAACAAAACUUUCACAAGGAGGGACAUGUGCUUCAUUAUGGUCAGAAGCUUGAACAAUGUAGAUUGCAGCAAGUUUGGAAUGCAUUAAAAGUAUCUUGUGACUUUAAUGUAGCUCACUUAGAGGUUGAUAAAUUUAACUCACUGAAUCGUUGGAAAAAGCGUGGAAUAGCGAUGGUUCCAACAAAGUUUGGUAUUUCUUUCACAACAAAGUUUAUGAAUCAGGCAGGAGCUUUGGUGCAAGUAUACACAGAUGGAACAGUUCUUGUGACCCAUGGAGGUGUUGAGAUGGGACAAGGACUUCAUACCAAGGUUGCACAAAUUGCUGCUUCGGCUUUUAAUGUUCCUGUGAGCUGUGUCUUCAUUUCAGAAACAAGCACAGACAAGGUACCAAAUUCAUCACCUACGGCAGCUUCCGCUAGUUCUGACAUGUAUGGAGCAGCAGUACUAGAUGCCUGUGAACAAAUCAAGUCACGAAUGGAACCAAUUGCUUCAAAAAAUAAGCAUGCUUUAUUUGCUGAGAUUGCAAAUGCAUGUCAUUUGGAGCGGAUUGAUUUGUCAGCCCAUGGAUUUUAUGCAACUCCUGACAUUGGCUUUGACUGGAAAAGUGGAAAAGGAAAACCCUUCAGCUACUACACCUUUGGUGCUGCAUAUGCAGAGGUUGAAGUUGACACAUUAACUGGAGAUUUUCAUUUGAGGGAAGCUGACAUAGUGAUGGAUUUGGGAAAUUCUUUGAAUCCUGCAAUAGACAUUGGCCAGAUAGAAGGAGGAUUUGUGCAGGGCAUAGGCUUGUUUGCCCUUGAAGAGGUAAAAUGGGGUGAUCCAGCCCAUCAAUGGAUUAGACCAGGCUAUCUCUUUACACAAGGUCCAGGCACAUACAAGCUGCCAACCGUGAAUGAUAUUCCUUUGAAGUUCAAGGUGUCACUUUUACAGGAUGCUCCGAAUCCAAAAGCAAUCCAUUCAUCAAAGGCAGUGGGAGAACCUCCUUUAUUCUUAGCUUCUGCUGCAUUUUUUGCUAUCAAGGAUGCCAUCUCAGCAGCACGAGAAGAGGCAGGAAAUGAGGGAUGGUUUGUUCUUGAUAGUCCAGCAACUCCAGAGAGGAUCCGAAUGGCUUGCCCAGAUGAGUUUACAAAGCCUUUUGCCGAUUCAGAAUUUCGUGCCAAAUUAAGUGUUUGAAACCAGCAUAAAAUUCUGUUUAAGGAUAGUAUGUGUCAAUUAACCCUGUAAUUUAAUGACCAUUUUUUAUUUUAUUUGUGCCAACAACAAAUACUUGAAGAUGGUGCAGUAUCUCCAAACAAUAUGGCAGAAGCUCGCUUUCUUUUGAUUUUAAAAGGAAAAUGUAAAAUUGUACAUAUUAAUUUUGCACUUCCAUCCUAAGGAUUGUCUCUGGGUUGCAUUUAUAACACGUGCUCUUAAUAGA